ACAUCUUGUUAAAAGUCUUUCACUCAUACUAUAUCAAGAAAGCUCUCUCUUUGAGUUGAAGAUGGACCAACCAAGCAAUGCACCUUUAUCCUCUCCAGUUUCUGUGAUAGGGUCUCGGUUCAUGGCACCAUAUCAAUUCGAUAUUAUAGUUGAUAUAAUUACAAGGGGAAACCUUGUGGUUACAGAUAUUGACCAUAAAAUCAUGCUACAAGUGAAAACAUGCGACACAUCCUUUCAUCAGCAGCGAGUGCUAGUUGAUGCUGAUGGCAAACCCAUCGUUCUAAUGCGUGGCAAGAUCAUGAGUGAACACGAUAGAUGGAAUGUAUUCAGGGGUAACAGUAAAAGCAAAUCGGAUAUGAUAUUUACCACACAAUCACCUCACAUGAUCCAGUUUAAGACCAGUGUACAAGUGUUCUUGGCAAACAAAACCAAUAAGAAGAAUGUUUGUGAUUUCAAGAUCAAUGGAAGUUGGACGAACAGAAACUGCACUAUUAAUAUGGGAGAUACUUCAACACCAAUAGCCCAAAUGUCUAAAAUGCAAUCAUCGGAGGAUGUAACAAACAAAUUCAUGGUGACCAUUUAUCCCAAUGUGGAUUAUGCAUUUGUGGUCAUACUUAUAGCCAUCGUUGAGGUUAUGAAAAUGAAUAACUCUGACAUAAAAGAUAAAUUUGCACAGGAAGUUAUAAGAGGUUUGGGUGACGUUGUAGUUGGUGCGCUUCUUUUAUAGAAUUACUGGAUGGAUCAAUGGUUUUACAGAAUCAUAUCAUCUUUUCACAUCGUGAUGGAUAUGGUAUGAUUACCAAUUAAAACAAAUACGAUUUUUGAUCCCUUAAUUGUGUUAGAAGUACUUAUAAUCUAGACUUGUGUUAGAAGUUAUAACUGUCCAGAAGUAGUUAUACAACUAUCCAAAUCUAUCAAACAUUGUAAUAUAAAUUAAUACAUACAAGAUGUAUGUUUUCUAUUUUGUAAUAAAUAUGAUGUUGCAUUAAA